UAUUUUAAUAGUGGAUCGCACGAAAUAUUUCGUGGACAAGAUAAAAUAAUUGUGAACAUUAUUCAGUGAUUUAGCGAAGACUGUGAAUUUUAUUCGCAAAUAAAUAGUGGUGGUGUGGACUGUGAAGUGAGAAAAUUUUAUUGAAAUCAAAGUUGUCGAAGUUUGGUGUAACAUUAUGAAAGUCCUGACCGUCUCUGAUAAGGUUGCGAGUGUAGGAAAUGGGAACGAACCAACUGUGGUCGACACGCAGAUCCUGACUAAAGAGGAGCUAAACAAAGGAUGUCCUCUUGGUGUAUCUCGUGUCACCUCAUUUCUGUAUGUGUGUGGAGCCCACGCAUUGCCGGGAGCAGUGAGAGCCCUGCACCCUGGCCUCAUCGUCAGCGCAGCCCCUGAGCUGCCUCCUCCACCCGAAGACUAUGUUCCCAGAAAGUUCGUGCCACUUCUCGAUACACCUAACUCUGAUAUGCACCCCUACAUGGAGAGUGUAGCUGACCUGAUUAAUGAGGUCAUCUGCAAUGGAGAUGUGGUGCUGGUUCAUUGCGUUGCUGGUAUAUCAAGAUCCGUAACUCUCUGUUUGGCGUACCUCGUGAAAUGGCAGAAGAUGACCUUGAGGGAUGCCUAUUAUCAUAUGAAGCAAAGACGGCCACAAAUCCGACCCAACACGGGUUUCUUCAAGCAGCUAAUCAAGUUUGAAGAGAGGCUUUUUGGGGAACCUUCAGUGAAGAUGGUUUACUGUGAAGCUAUUGAUAAGGAAAUACCUGAUGUAUACGAGGCUGAUUAUAUCGGGAUGACUUGGUUCAGGCAGAGGUACGGCCCCAUCGAGAAGAGCUGAAGUGUGACUGAGAUGUAAUUAUUUAAAAGAAAAGGAUAGCUGUGAUUACUUUGUGCGGAGAUGAAAGGAAGGGAAAGGCAAGAGAAGAUGAAUGACUAUAAAUAUAAGACUGAGUGAAUGAAUGAUUUGGGGAAUGAAUGUGAGAGUCAGUUCCGAUAUUACGAGUAUAAAGAUUGGGUGUUUUAUUGUACAGCCGAUGCUAAUGUAUGAAAAA